GUGCUCGUAAUUCGUGUGCGUCAGCUCGCGGAGACGAGGAGAUUGCAGCCCAGAGUAGCAGACCAAGGUGUACCUGAUCAACCACAUGGUUGCUGUUUCCAAGCCCAGGCAGUUGUGUGCCAUUACAAGGAUCAGUCUGAAUCAUGACGGCUGUACCAAACCCCAGCAGCACUCAGAUACUUCCUUUGGAGCUCGUGGACAAGUGCAUCGGGUCCCGGCUACACAUCAUUAUGAAGAACGACAAGGAGAUCGUGGGCACACUGUGCGGGUUUGACGACUUUGUCAACAUGGUGCUGGAGGACGUGACGGAGUACGAGAGCACGCCCGAGGGCCGGCGCAUCACCAAGCUGGAGACCAUCCUGCUCAAUGGCAACAACAUCACCAUGCUGGUGCCUGGUGGUGAGAUGCCCGACAACUAAGAAACUCCUGGUGCGCUGGUGUAUCAUGUUGCAUCGAGUCAUGUGUGCACACCCAUCUCAUGUGUUGCAGCCGCCCAUUUACGUAAAUAUAUGUUGGUGAACAAUAA